ACCCACUUCUCAUAUUCUACUCCUAUCCUUAUCACAACCAUCAUCAUGGGGAAAGCUGUUACAGAAACCAGGGCCGAGAACCUCAAUGCGCCCGCCGAUGUCGAGCGCAUUGAGGCGCCAAUGACCACAAAGGCCUAUUGCCUAUGCGCCUUUGCAGCCUUUGGUGGUUUCUUCUUCGGAUACGAUUCUGGACACAUCGGUGGUGUUCUGGGCAUGAACUACUUCGUCCACCAAUUUGAGAACCUGCCAUACCCCGCCGCCAAUGCCACUCCCGCUGAAUCCGCUUACUUCGUUGUCUCCUCGUCUCACAACUCGCUCAUUGUCUCGAUUCUCUCUGCUGGAACUUUCUUCGGUGCCAUCAUCGCUGGUGACCUCGCUGAUUGGUUUGGACGUCGCACAACUAUUCUUUUGGGCUGCCUGAUUUUCAUCAUCGGUGUUAUCCUUGAGACCGCCUCUUCCACUUUCGCUCUUCUCGCUGUUGGCCGUAUCAUCGCCGGUUUCGGUGUCGGUUUCGUCUCCGCUAUCAUCAUUCUGUACAUGUCUGAGAUCGCACCAAAGAAGAUCCGUGGAACCCUCGUUGCUGGUUACCAAUUCUGCGUUACGAUCGGUCUCAUGGUUGCCGCCUGCGUCGACUACGUCACCAAGGACCGCAUGGACUCUGGCUCUUACCGCAUCCCCAUCGCUAUCCAGUUCCUCCCAGCCAUCGUUCUUGGCCUCGGUCUCUUCUUCCUCCCCGAGUCUCCCCGCUACUUCGUCAAGAAGGGUAACCUUGUCAAGGCUGCUGCCGUCCUUGCCCGCAUUCGUGGCCAGCCCGUCGACUCGGAGUACAUUCAACAGGAACUCGCCGAGAUUGUUGCCAACCACGAGUAUGAGAUGCAGGUCAUCCCUCAAAGCGGUUACAUCUCGUCCUGGGCCAACUGCUUCAAGGGUGGACUCACCAACCCAGGAUCUAACCUCCGCCGCACGAUUCUCGGAACCUCCCUCCAGAUGAUGCAACAGUGGACCGGUGUCAACUUCAUCUUCUACUACUCCACCAUCUUCCUGCAAUCCCUCGGCACGAUCAACAACCCCUUCCUGAUUUCCAUGGUCUUCACCAUUGUCAACGUCGUCAGCACCCCGGUUUCCUUCUGGACCAUUGAGCGCUUCGGUCGUCGCGCCAUCAUGAUCUACGGUGCCUUCGGAAUGGUCAUCUGCCAGUUCAUUGUCGGCGCCGUCGGAACUGCCCUCCCCAACGAUGACAACGCCACCCGUGCCUUGGUCGGCUUCAUCUGCACCUACAUCUUCUUCUUCGCCACCACCUGGGGUCCAGGUGCCUGGGUUCUCAUCGGCGAGAUCUACCCCAUCCCCAUCCGUUCCCGUGGUGUCGGUCUCUCUACCGCUAGCAACUGGCUGUGGAACUGCAUCAUCGGUGUCAUCACCCCCUACAUGGUUGGUGAGAAGGAGGCCAACCUCGGACCCAAGGUUUUCUUCGUCUGGGGCUCCCUCUGUCUCUGCUGUCUCAUCUAUGCCAUCUUCCUCAUCCCCGAGACCAAGGGCUUGUCUCUUGAGCAGGUCGAUCGCAUGUUCGAGGAGUCCACCCCACGCAAGUCUGCUAAGUGGAUGCCACACACCACCUUCGCUUACGAGAUGGGUCUCACUGAGAAGACCCCUGUUGCUUACCACGGAGAGAACAUUGAGGUUUAAGUGGCUGAGGCGUGUCGUUUGGGGUGGAAUGAAAUCGAGUAGACCUCUGUUCUAGAGUCUAGACUUUCCCCCUACUGAACAAUGUAAUUAAUAUAGAUAUAAAGCAAAUAAACCUGGUACUA